AUGGAUGACGCGGCACUUGUCGCUGGAGCAGGGGCGGCUGCCGCCGCGGCGCCCCCUGCAGCGGCUGCCGGAGCCGCCGUGAUGGGCGUCUUUAAGUACAACUUCGCGGCUCAGUUCCUCUCGAGGGUUAUCCCGUUCGUGUUCAACAUCUGGUUCGUGCGCCACCUCGGCGCGGACGAUGGCGCGGUGUCGGCAUUCGCAUUGCAGCUUCCUCUAUUUAUGAACUGCAUCUUAUUUUUAAGCCGAGAGGGGUUUCGACGUGCAUGUUUGCGUAGUGAUUCCCAGAGUGAUGUGUUGACUGACGAAGCGAUACUAAUGGUAGCUUGGAUGGUAAUUCCAAUGUCCAUCUUAAUUACUUCCAUUGGCAGCAUACUUGUGUUGAGUUUAAAGAAAGUGAAGCUAUCUGACCCCUAUGCAAAAGCUGUAUUGAUCAUCGGAUUUGCUUGUAUUCUGGAGUUACUGGCAGAACCAUUAUACAUUAUUUCCCAGAAAAAGAAAUACUAUAAUAUAAGAGUGUACGUUGAACCGACAGCUACACUCUUCCGUUGUUUAACAACUUUCAUCCUCAUAAAAGGACAUAUUAAAGUGGACAAGCUGGUUCUAGUUUCUUUGUCCCAGGUUGUCUAUGGGGCCUGCAUUUUCUUUGGGUAUUGGUCAUAUUUUCUUAUGUUUACUGAUACUAAACCUUCAGAUCUUUUUCUGUUAAGGUUAUCAAACCUGAUGGACUACGAUAAACAGUUAUUGCACAUGUGCAUGUUGUUUACAGGCCAGGCUUUCAGGAAGUUGAUACUCCAAGAAGGCGAGAAAUUUGUUCUUGUGUCAUUUGAUACACCAUACAACCAGGCCGCGUAUGGCAUUGUGGAUAAAUUAGGGAGUUUGGUUGUUAGGAUAGUUUUCUUGCCAUUUGAGGAGAGUUCAUAUGCCACUUUUGCCCGAUUGGCAGGCGAGAGUCCCCGAAAUAUAUCCAAUAUUGAAGACUCUUUGCUUGGGGCUCUAAAGCUUAUUAUGCUAAUAGGUUUGGUGAUCAUUUCAUUUGGUCCAAGUUAUUCAUAUACCCUUCUAAAACUACUCUAUGGGGAAAGACACAGUGAUGGAGAGGCUCCAGUUAUUCUUCGUUACUAUUGUUUAUAUAUCAUCAGUUUAGCGAUGAAUGGCACUUCUGAAGCUUUUCUUCAUGCUGUUGCAAAUGAAAACCAGCUUAAGCAGUCAAAUGAUAUGUUGCUUCUGUUCUCGGUGAUUUACAUCAUUCUAAAUGUUGUUCUUAUUAAAUCUUCUGGAGCUGUUGGGUUGAUUGCUGCUAAUUCCAUUAAUAUGUUGCUACGAAUAACUUAUUCUGCAAUAUUCAUAAAAGAUUAUUUCAAGGGCUCAUUCUCUUUCCGGCGCUGUAUGCCAGCAGGCUGGGGCAUUUUACUCAUUUCUGGUCUGACCACUGUUUUCUCUGAGAGGGUUUUCUUGAACAAAACGAGGUUCAAGCAGACUGUUCCCAUUCACAUAGCGGUUGGCAUCAUGUGCCUGAGCAUCGCGUUAUUUGAGAUAUACCGUGGUGAAAAGCAGUUCUUGAGGCAGAUAAUCAGGACUUUGAAGCAUCAUGACAAAACUCAGUGA